CGCACACACACACACACAUAUAUAUAUAUAUAUAUUUGAUAUACUUUUGAAUACUAUUCUAAACCUGAACAAUGGCAUCUGCGGCAAACAUCCUUCAAAGACAAUUCAAAGAACUCACAAGACAUCCAGUACCUGGUUUCGUAGUUGAUCUCAAGGACGACAACAUCUACACAUGGGAUGUCGCAAUCAUUGGUUCCCCAAAGACAAUCUACGAAGGUGGAUAUUUCAAGGCAACAAUGUCAUUCCCCGAAGAUUAUCCUUUCAAUCCUCCGACCUUUCGCUUCAACAAUGCUUUCUAUCACCCAAAUGUCUAUCCUGAUGGUCGUCUAUGUAUUUCUAUUCUCCACCCCCCUGGAGAUGACCCUGUAAGUGGCGAGAAAGCAGAGGAACGAUGGAAUCCAACACAGUCUGUGGAAAGUGUCUUGAUGUCCAUCAUUUCAUUAUUGGCAGAUCCCAAUUGCUCAAGCCCUGCGAAUGUUGAUGCCGGGGUUGCAUAUCGAAAGGAAAGAGAAGCAUUUGACAGCAUAGUUAAAUGUCAAGUUGAGGCAUCCAAAAAAGAUAUCCCUUCUGGAUUCAAGAUGCCAAAGACAGAAAAGGACUUUAUGAUUGCGGCACCUGUUGAGAUAGAAGAAGACGUCAAUUUCUGGUAUGAAUCAGGUGAUGAGAGUGAUUUUGGUGCGGAUGAGUUUGAUGAAGACGAUGACGACGAUGAAGACUAAAAAGCAAAGAUAAAUAAAGAGAGAAAAGAAAAGAAAGAACAAAUAAGGACUGAAUGAGACCACAGCCACAGCCAUAAUGAAACGAAACGAAAUGAAGGAUAUAAAAGAAGAGGAAAAGUAGGAGGAAGAGGAAUUACGAGGCUGAUAUAAUAGAAAUAAUAUAUAUGUAUAUAUCAUAUGUAUGUACAUGUAUAAAUUUCUACACACUACACAUUACGUUACUCUACAUUACAUUACUCUACAUUGCACUGCACUACACUACACUACAUUACACUACAUUACAUUACACUGUAAAAGGAAGCAAGCAAAGGGGUCUUCCUACACUCUCUUUCUACAAUAAUCUCAUUUUAGUCUUACCGUCUUUCCACUCACCAAAUCCCCCUCUUUUACUAUCGUUCACUUUUUUUUUACUCUGUCUUAUAUAUAUAUAUAUACACUCUCACAUUCAUUUGCUUACACACCUAUGUAUAUAUAUAUACCUUUUUUUUUUAUUAUUAUUUCGUCUCUUCUUAUUCUUCUUCUUUUCCUUGCUUCUUUUGUUCUUCCAAAUUUGGAGUUUAAAGUAUAUUCUUUUUUUUAUUUUUGAAAAUAAUAAUACUAAUAAUGUUUUUGUUUUUUAUAAACCAUUUUUAUAUCUAUUUUAUU